AUGUUUGUAUUGAUAUGUGUAGGGAAAGAAGACAGUGAGAUUGAUGUUUUCAUCAAACAUGAUAUUUCUGAGCAGAGUGAGCCUCCCAUCGUGAAGAAGUCGAGCAACCAUUCGAGAAGCCUUAAGAAGAUGACCAAGCAAACAGUGAAGACGAAGAAGAAGUCGAGCGACCAUUUGAAGAUGAAGAACCUAAACGAUCUGAGGAUGAAAUGA